CGUCGGAGUGACGGAUAGUCGAGUUUCGAUUGCCGCCAGCCUACAGGCGCGUACCAUUAAUCCACGAACCGGUAUAUUUGCGACACGGACCAAACGCAUGCGCCAAAUAAAAUAAUUAUAAUAUUAGAAUAAUAUCAAUAGUAGUAUUAAUAAUAUUAUUUAUAUUUUGUUAAUAAUCAUGUCUCGCGCGUUAUCGUCGGUUUGCGCGUUGGUCGUUUUAUUCUUCGUCGCUGUCGAGGCCUUGUCCGGCGAUCUAGACCGUCCGGUGAACGAUGGCUUUCCGAAGACUUGGAUCGCGAACAUAUUUUACGAGGCAUUGGCGAACUUUACCGGCCCGAUAGACGUGGGCAGUACGGCGUGCCGCCAGCAGACGCAGAUGUACAUCAGACACUUGAAAAACGAUUCGCUGUGGGCCGUGCAGAUGUCUGAUUCAUGGAGUCGAUAUCCUAACGGUCUACUCAUCGGCACUUCACACCAGAUGGGCGUCUACGAAGAGUGUAUCAAAGUGCACCAACCCGUUACGGGUAAAUACUGUAUACCAUCCGUAAAAAUCAGCUCGUCAACCGACGCCGAUUUUACGGUGAGAAUUAACGACCAACCACAAGAGAACCAGCAUGCCUGGAACGAGAUACUCGGGUUUGUAGAUCGUGACAAUCGACUGCGCAGAAAUGUCGUGAAAUUCAGUAUUUGCAUACCGGACUCUUGCACCGCGGACGACCUCCAGGUUACGCUACAAAAGGAAUUUAACACACACUUCCUACCACACCGGAUCAACGCUCAAGUCCAAGUUGAAUCAAUACUGUGUUCGACGGACAAGGACGCGUAUCCAUACGACAAUGGAUAUUAUUUGACCAGUUUACUAGUGGGAUUUAUAUUCUUGUUCUGCUGCUUAUCGACGGCGUACCAUACGAUAAUAAUAAUACGAAGUAACAACGGAAAAAAGAGUAAAAUGCCGGAAAUAUUCAACAUGUUCUCGCUAAUUCGCAACUCCAGGGAUUUGAUCAAGUACAACAGAAACAACGAUCUAAACAUAUUCAAUGGGCUAAAGGUUUUGACUAUGAUUGUGGUGCUGUUCGGCCAUAAAUUUCUCUACUUCGUAAUAAAUCCGAUCACGUACGGGAUGAAUCUUGAAAAGUUGUAUAAGGAAGGACCGGAUUUCUUAUUGACGUCCAUGAAUUUGAUCGAUCCGUUUUUCUACAUUGCUGGUUAUUUAAUGUACAUCAUGCUGAUCCCGCAAUUCAAUAAGCCCGGUACCAGUUGGUACCAGAUAAUCAUGGUGAUCGUUUACAAAUAUCUGAAGGUUAUACCAUCGUACUCGAUCGUAAUGCUGAUUACGGCUUUCGUCAUACCUCAUAUGGGCAACGGGCCGUUUUGGGCUUCGAGAAUAUGGCCCGAAGCGGAUAAAUGCAAAAACUAUUGGUGGGCUAAUCUAUUGGCAGUCAGCAACUUCAUACCAGUUGAAAAUCAAUGUCUCAUUGCCGGCUGGUAUGUAUCGUGUCUGCUUCAGUUUCUCGUCAUCGGUACCAUCGUGGUUUACGUGUACGUCAAACGCCGACAAAUUGGAAUAUUUUUAAUUGUUUUGCUAUUGUGUGCGUCUUUGUCGAUAUCGUUUGUUACCACCUACGUCAACCAAGCGUACGGAAUAGUUCGAGUAAUGUAUUCGUUUUUAGAGAAUCCAAGUAAUUCAGCCGAGUUUAGCAAUUACUACAGACCGUUUUACUAUCGGGGUACACCUUUCUACACCGGAUUACUUGCCGGCGUCGUGGUGGAAGAGCUGAAGAAACGAGAAAUAAAGUUUUCCACGCCGGUCGUCUACGUCGGGACUUUUAUUGUCAGCGUCGUUUGCACUUGGGUCCAGUUGUACGGCGCUGUGUUUUAUGACGUGAACAGACCAUACGACGCUUUAGAACAGUCGUUGUACUCAGCUUUCAGCCACUGCACGUGGUCCGUCAUAUUGUUCUGGGUGACGGUGUGUCAUUUCACAACGGGUUACGGACCAAUAGAAAAACUGUUCAACAACAGAUUAACGGUGCCACUAGGCAGAUUAUCCUAUACAGUUUAUCUUGUCAACAUCACCGUCAUGAUGAUGAUAGAAAGUAAACAAAGAACGGCCGUAACCCCUUCAUCAUAUUUGUUGAUUGAUGGAUGGAUUGUUGGAGGGUUUAGGACAUACAUGGUGGGCACUUUGCUGUAUCUGAUCAUCGAAGCACCGUCAGGACAUUUGAUUAAAAAAUUAUUGUUUGGAAAGAAACAUGAAAAAAACGAUCGCAUCGUCAGUGCGGUGAUGCCAAAUCGGACGGACGCCAACAACGCGGCUGCAGAUUCGGAACAAAAAAAUUCCUCACGUCUGUAAACGCAUAUUUAUUUUCACAUUUUGUGCCAGUGUAAUAUUCUAGUAUAAUAAUAAUAUUAUGUACAUGGUGUCUAAAUACAUUUGUCCUCUGUCAAUAGCUAUUAUUCAAUAAUUAAUAUUUAUUUUUCGGAAAAUGUAUAUCAAGUGACAAGUGGAUUACUGAGUAUAAUUCACCUAACCUAUUCAGUUCACUUAAGCAUGACACAAACCUAACUUCAUUUUCAUAUCUGAUCUAGUAACAAUAAUAUUUUAAUUUUAGUACUAUUAUUUAAGUAGAACUAACUUUAAUAAGUAUACCUAUUCGAAAUGUCUAGCUAUUAUUUUCCAAAAGCAUUUAAGUGUCUAAAAAAUGUAAUACAAUAUUAUUAAAGAGGACAAUCGCAUCUAGACAUAAUUUACUUUGUACAUAAUAUAUGCAUAUAAUAUUUUUUUUAUAUGUAUAUAUAAUAGGUCUGUAUAUUGUUAGUAAUUGUACAAAUGUGUUGUUAUAAUGUUUAUUUUUAUUUUACGUUAUUUUAUUAUAAUAUAUACGUGAAUACUAAGUAGUAUAAUUAAAUUGAUGUAAAAUAGAAAUCUAUUUCGUCCAGCCGAGGCUUGUCGCCCACCGAAGAAAUCAUUAUUAUAGCUCAAAAAUCAUGAUUUUUUUGGUGUAUUUUUGAUGAAACAAUUGUAUAAAAAUGAAAUAAGAUAAUCAAAUAAUUUUAGUAAUAAUGUCAUAAUUAUCCAUUAUUGAACGUAGCGGGUAAUUACGAAAUGUGUUCACCGAAUAAUAAAUCUGCAAUAACAAUUUUAUGAGUCCGGUAUAACGCGUUUCCGACAAUUUUAUUUCGGAUUUUAUUUAGCUCGUUUCGUUAAAUACAGUAAAUACAACUUUCACAACAGCAACAACAACAACAUUAACAUCAAUAAUAAUAAUAAACGAUAUGACUUAGUUGGACUUACCACAAGUCCAUCUAUGUGACGACACGCAGAUGCUCUCCGUAAUAAUUGUUGAGGACUUGACGAUGACUGAUUUCAAGGAUGCUAUUUUUUCAUUAUUGUUUUUGGACGAUUUUCCAGGAGCCUGAGAAUGAAACUUGUCUAGUACUUAUAACAGAAAGAAUUGGCUAAUUUAACAAACUAACCUGAUAAAAAAUUUUAAAACAUUGACAGAACAAAAAUUACCAAUUACUUAUAGUCAAUUAUACAUAUUUUGUCAACUAUUUCUGCAGGACUCGUAUGUAAAUUAUUGUGUUCUUUUUAUUAAUAUUUAUUUAAAAUAUUCUUUUAUAUUUCUAAAGCUAUAUUAACGUUUCUAAUUUUUUUUACGUACCUAAUUUGAAUUCUUUAAAAACAACAUUUUUGAAAAAAUACUUGUGUAUUUUUAUAUUUUAUAUCAAUAUGUAGGAUAUUUUACGUUUUUGAAUGUCUACAUUUAUUUGCAAUUAGGUUUAUAAUAAAUAUUUCCACGUGGAUAAAAGUUAUUGUAUAAUUGAUUAUAUUAUAUAUUUGCGACAAAUUAUUCUCGUCAGUUUUUUUUUGUUACGCUCCGCCUAAUAAUAGUAAUACCUGGACGUUCGAGCUUUACGACUUAUUUUAUCGUCGUUAUUAAUACGAUAGAUUCAUUAUUAUUUUAUAUACUGUGUGCGAUGUAUGGUUAAUUGUACUCGCGGUAAAUUGAUUUUUUCAUCAUUUUCCCAUGAUUUAUUGUUCGAUCUGUGAAAGUGCCGGUGUAGUGACGUACAACGGGUUAUAAUAGUACACAAUAUACAAUGCCUAAUUAAUCAGCUUACUGUAAUCAAAGAAAAAUAACUUAUUGUUAGUUAUAGUUAAUCGUAACGAUAUUACUUUUCCAACAAUAAUUUUACUCAAACCGUAAUAGCCGUAUUCUUGUAUGAGUUUCAACAUUAUUAGAAACAUAUUUUCUAUUUUUAUUUUUUUUUUUAACAAUAAUAUUUGUUACAUAAUAAUCAUUAUUUGUAAACUUGUGUGAUAAAUUUUAUUAGCUACUAUUAUAAUACUAAUUGUACGUACAUUAUAAUACGUAUUUUGAUGCGUAAUAACAACUAUAUGAAUCGCGGACUAAGAUUAAUAAAAAUUAAUAAAAUAAUAAUUAAUCUCAGUUCGUGUCGAACAAUUAACACAAUAAAUUGUGAUAAAUCUCAACUGUAUUUAACCAGGAUACUUAAACAAAUUGUGUUUACUAAUUAUUUGUAUUUUUUUAUUUUAUAAUUAUGUAUAUUAAAUUUGUAAACACGAUGUUCAUAAAUACAUUUUUUUAAAUAGAA